UGACAGUUCGGACGUUCCAGGUUCCGUCCCAACACGGAAAUGUUGGACAAGUGACAGGAAAGGAAGUUGUCAUGGAUUUAAAGCGGCACUUUUAUUUUUCCCCUCUUUCGUUAGAGACUUUGAAGGUUCGAAAUGAAGAUAUGAUAUGAAGAGAGAGCAAGACCUCUGUCGCUAGUUUAACAGCUUUGUGUGUGUUUGUGACGGAGCACCGAGAAGCUGGGCUUUUUAGGGGUCAUGGGGGGUCUGGGACGCCUUCUGUUGACUCUGCUCCUGUCGUCCUUGGGAAGCGAACUACUUCAGGUCGGAGGAGUCCGGUCAGUCACACUCCCAGAGUCCCUUCUGUUUGUCUCCACCCUGGAUGGCAGUCUGCAUGCUGUCUCUAAGCAGACAGGAGACAUCAAGUGGACGCUAAGAGAAGAUCCAGUUAUUCAAGUGCCCAACUACCUCACAGAACCUGGUUUUCUCCCAGAUCCUAAUGAUGGAAGUUUGUAUGUGCUUGGAGGAAAACACAAAGAGGGCUUGAUGAAACUUCCUUUUACCAUCCCAGAGCUGGUCCAGUCCGCCCCCUGCAGAAGCUCUGAUGGCAUGCUGUACACAGGAAAAAAACACGACGUUUGGUUUGUAGUGGAUCCUGAAACGGGCGAAAAGCAAACGAGUUUAACCACGUCCUCCUCUGAGUCCAUCUGUCCCAACACUCCCUUGCUCUACAUCGGACGCACCGAGUAUAUGGUUACCAUGUUUGAUACAAAGACGCAGGAGCUUCGAUGGAACGCUACGUACAACGAUUACUCUGCUCAUCCGUACGAUGAGAAACAGGACUACAAAAUGGCUCAUUUAGUGUCGAGCGGCGAUGGUCUGAUGGUGACGGUUGACAGGGAAUCAGGCGACGUCCUGUGGUCUCAAAACUACGGCUCACCAGUUGUAGGGGUCUACCUCUACUAUGAAGACUCACUGAGACACGCCCCUCACCUCUCGCUCGCCAUGGAGACGCUGCGCUUCCUCACCUUCUCCUCUGCCAAAGACCAGGCAGAAACUCACUCUACGUUAAAGUGGAGCUAUCAGUUUGUGACAGAGCAAGCCAGUGCACAAACCCAACUAGUCCCCACUCUCUAUGUGGGAAAACUCGAUUCCCACCUUUAUGCUUCAACCUCAUUGGUCCAUCGUGGAGUGUCGUUAGUGCCUCGGGGACUGACGCUGGCUCGGAUCGAGGGUCCGAUGACGGAAGGGGUGACGGUCAGUCAGAGAGGAGAAUGUGAAAUCACUCCUUCCACUGAUGUGAAAUACCCACCAGGGAGCACGACCAGCCAGAAAAACCACUGGCUGCUGAUAGGCCACCAUGAGGUCCCCCCAUUAGCCCACACAACCAUGCUGAGGGAUUUCCCAGCCAACCUGCAGCAUUCUGCUGAGGCGGUCAUCCCACCUCGACCCUCUGCCUCUCCCAUCUCCUCUGCUUCCUACUACCAUCAGCGCUACUUUCAAACCGUUGCUAAAGACCACAGUGACCAGGAUGCUAAGAAUGGAGGGCUUAGCGGGAAGAGCACAGGGCAGACUCAGAGGCCGGCCACUCUGCUGCCCGGAUACCUGACCCAGGAGCACCUGACACUGGUUCUGACAAUGCUGGUUGGAGGAUGGCUUGCCUUCAUGCUCACUCUCCCUUUUCGUAAAGCCCAGCAGCUUAAAGCUCAGAGGCAGCUGGAGGAGGUCUUUCAGUCUCGUCUUCAGCAAAUGCAGACCAGCUUUCAGACAAGCCUUCAGCCGGUCUCUGUGGGUUCUGCAGACAGGAGCAUGUCGACUGACCCAAACAGCACAAGCGAUUCUCCACCUGCAUCAAAUGAUGAUUCAUCUAAUCUUCAGAAUCACAACAGAAAAACUUCAGAUUCAGAUAAAAACGGCUCAGUUAAUCACAAACCUUCAGCCGCUCUAUUGGUGGAAACCGGGAAUGAAGUGCUGGUAGGAAAAAUCUCCUUUACACCAACCGAUGUGCUCGGACAUGGCUCAGCUGGCACCUUUGUCUUUAGGGGAAGGUUUGAUGGACGACACAUUGCUGUUAAGAGAAUCCUGCCAGAGAGUUUUGAGGUGGCUGAGCGAGAGGUGCAGCUCCUCCGAGAAUCCGACACGCAUCCGAAUGUCAUCAGAUAUUUCUGCACAGAGAGGGACCGCCUCUUCACAUACAUUGCCAUUGAGCUUUGUGCUGCAACCCUGCAACAGUAUGUGGAGGAUUCGUCCUGCUUUCCUGAACUGGAUCAUAUAACGCUGCUGGAGCAGACCAUGUGUGGCCUCUCUCAUCUGCACUCUCUCAACAUAGUCCAUCGUGACCUGAAGCCCAGAAACAUUCUCCUGUCUGGUCCAAACGCUCUGGGUCAAGUCCGAGCUCUCAUCUCUGACUUUGGCCUCUGUAAGAAGAUCCCAGACGGCCGGAGCAGCUUUUCUUUACGCUCUGGAAUACCAGGAACUGAGGGUUGGAUAGCUCCUGAAGUACUCAGAGAUAUACCAGGGAAUAAACCUACCUCAGCAGUGGACGUGUUCUCUGCAGGCUGCGUGUUUUACUACGUGGUCAGCAGAGGGCAGCAUCCUUUCGGCGAUGCGCUGAGACGGCAGGUCAACAUCCUUUCAGGAGAGUAUUCGCUCUCACACUUCAUGGAUGAUAUUCACGAUGACGUCAUAGCGAAGGACCUGAUUGAGCAAAUGAUCAGCUCUGAUGCAGAUUCACGGCCCUCCACCGCCUGUGUGCUUAAACAUCCCUUCUUCUGGAGCCCUGAGAAGCAGCUGCUCUUUUUCCAGGACGUCAGUGACCGCAUAGAGAAGGAGCCAGCGGAGAGUCCCAUCGUGGUCAGGUUGGAGACGGCAGGAAGAGCGGUAGUCCGAACCAACUGGAGGAUGCACAUCUCUGUCCCCCUACAGACAGAUCUGAGGCGGUUCAGGACGUACAAAGGAAACUCUGUUCGGGAUCUGCUCAGAGCCAUGAGGAAUAAGAAACAUCACUACCACGAGUUGCCGUCGGAGGUACAGGACACCCUCGGCGAGCUGCCCGAAGGCUUCGUCCGCUACUUCACCUCCCGGUUUCCACAGCUACUGAUGCACACGCAUGCCGCCCUGCAAAUCUGCGCCCAGGAGAGGCUGUUUCACCCCUACUAUCUGCCAUCUGCAGCCAAAUAGCUUUCACAUGACUCCAUGUUGUAUUUACAGAGAGGAGGAAAGCCUUUGACCCCUUUAUCGCUUUUGUAAAGCCUUCACUGUUUCAGGGGGAAGUUACGCCAAAGAAGUUUUUAUAUGCCUUUGGAAGAUUUAUAAAUUAUUUUAUUGUGCUUUAUUAUACAUUCUCAUUACAAAGGCUUUAAAUUAUUUAUUAAAACCUUUUAUUAAAAAUGUGUUUUUGAAAAAUGAAACGCUAAAUAAUAAUAAUAUCAUUGACUGCUGGUAAGGGUUUAUAAAAAGCUUUAAAAUGAAUCCGUCUUCUUCUAAAGUUAAAUAAUCUCACAGUUUGCCUCCAUUUGCCUGCAGUGAACUCGAUGGUCAUCAUUAAGACUCGUUUUUAACAUGUUCAGCUGUUUAAACCUUUUUGAUUAUUUCUUGACAGCCGAUUUAGGCCAUUUGGUUAAGAAGAAUAUUGCAGCCAUCCCCAGAGUAGAAAGGAUGAGCACAAACCUUUUUUUAAUGAAUGGAAGCCAUUUGGAAGGAGGUCUAAGACAAAGAGACCUCUGUAGAAUCUUAUGCAAUGAUUUAAUAUGAAAUAAUAAUUAUUAUUGAGUACAAUAAUAAUCCAAAUUAUUUAUAUAUCAUUAAUUCAGAUCAUACAGACAUCAUCCCUUUUGAUUUAAUGUAAGAGGUAAUGGUUCUUUUUUUACAUUAACUCAUUUAUUUGUCCAUUUUUAUAUUUUUUUUAAACGUGAAGCAAAUUUACCCCCUAUGGGAGAGGAUUAGGGCCACUGAAAAAAAAGUGAACUGAUUUUUAAAUAUUAUUUCAGUUUAAUAUGGAAAAAAAGUCAGAUUUCUGACUUUUUUCUCAGAAUUUGAUAUCUUAAUGUAGAUGGGCCCCAUGAAGGAAGAGAUGUGGGAGCACUCAGCUUCACUGAUAAAUAUGUGAGUUGUUUGGGAAGAACUAUAACACAUUGGUGGAAAAUGACAGAAUUAGGCAACUUUUUACAUACUCGAGGGAUCCCCGGUGAUGGUAUUUCAUUAAUGGAAGAGCAGAAGGUGAUUAAAACAAGAGAGCUAGUCUCUAAAAAAUGGCUACGGCUUGAUGCUAACAUGUUUGUUAGCUGUCUGAAAACAGUCAGAAUUCUGAGAAAA